UGACGUGCGGGGACUGCGGUGGGCCCGGGUGCUGCGGCUGCCGCAGCGCUAGCCGCGGCUCCGGCUCCGGCUCCGGCUCCCGGGCAUUUAAAGGGGACGCGGCGGCGGCCGGGGGGAUGGGGGGCAGGUGGAGAGGACGGCCCAGACGCACAUCAUCCACGGCCCCUCGGGACUGGAGGGACUCGUGAGCCGGAGCCCAGAAAUCCGGGGGUGGAUAAGACACCGCGUCCCCCCCAAUUCCCGUAAGCACCCCUUGCUCCAUCCUGCCCCCAAAUACCUCAGCUAGCCCCUCUCCCCACUCUUUGCACUCCAAACUCAGCCAGGACAGACCUCUACCGCCGCCGCUCCCCAAGUGAGUCCUGGGCUCUCCGAGCCUGUGCGAGAGGCUCAGAGAUCCUGCCCCCCUUUUCUCUGAGGAACUCUUUUUGGUGACCACAAAAGGAUUUGAUCACUCAGGACAAAGCUGCCAGAGGAGCUCUGGACGACGCCUGGAGGCCACCCAAGUCCCUACAGGUGGUGCCCAGGGUGAUGCACCGACAAUGAGCGGGUGUUUUCCAGUUGCCGGCCUCCGAUGCCUGUCUAGGGUAUGUCGUGGCCUGGCACGGGAGGCUCCUACCUCCCCAAUCCCCACUGCUUCUCCUGUUGCCCACCUGCUUCGGACUCUGGCAGGAACCCCACCUGGUGACACGUUCCACCUGGGGAACUGGUCUUGGAUGUGCCAGCGCCUCUGGCCGUGUCCCGCUAACCAGCCUGUCCCGGGCCGGCUCCCGCCGCGCCCCCUCUCGCUUGCUCUCUCCUCCUCCUGCUCCUCUCCUCCCCGCUCCCAGGACGGCGGGAUGGCCGCGCAGGGCGCGCCUCGCUUCCUCCUGACCUUCGACUUUGACGAGACCAUCGUGGACGAAAACAGCGACGACUCGAUCGUGCGCGCCGCGCCGGGCAAGCGGCUGCCAGAGAGCCUGCGCGCCACCUACCGCGAGGGCUUCUACAACGAGUACAUGCAGCGCGUCUUCAAGUACCUGGGCGAGCAGGGCGUGCGGCCGCGGGACCUGCGCGCCAUCUACGAGGCCAUCCCCCUGUCGCCGGGCAUGGGCGACCUGCUGCAGUUUGUGGCCAAGCAGGGCGCCAGCUUCGAGGUUAUUCUCAUCUCCGAUGCCAACACCUUCGGCGUGGAGAGCGCACUGCGCGCCGCCGGCCACCACGACCUGUUCCGCCGCAUCUUCAGCAACCCGGCGGGCCCCGACGCGCGGGGGCUGUUGGCGCUGCGGCCCUUCCACACGCACAGCUGCGCGCGCUGCCCCGCCAACAUGUGCAAGCACAAGGUGCUCAGCGACUACCUGCGCGAGCGGGCCCACGACGGCGUGCACUUCGAGCGCCUUUUCUACGUGGGCGACGGCGCCAACGACUUCUGCCCCACGGGGCUGCUGGCGGGCGGCGACGUGGCCUUCCCGCGCCGCGGCUACCCCAUGCACCGCCUCAUCCAGGAGGCGCAGAAGGCCGAGCCCAGCUCCUUCCGCGCCAGCGUGGUGCCCUGGGAAACAGCCGCCGACGUGCGCGUGCAUCUGCAGCAGCAUCCCCAAAGGGAAAAAAAGCCCGAGGGAACAGUCGCCUCCUGGUGGUGGAACGAGGUAGCACACUGUCCGGCUUGGGGCCGGCCAGCCAGGGACCUCGCAGCGUGCGGUGGUGUCUCCUGGCACCCCAGCCUCGUCUAUGCAGCAAGAGACCAGGGACUUAACCAAAGUCGCCUCGCGGGCUGGGCCCUCUGCGCCCCCCUCCUCCCGUGUGGAACAGAAAGCCAUGAUAUUUUAAAGCAGAGCCAGCGGAACCCAAGCCCCUCCUCCCUCUUUGGUGUUUUAGAGCUAUAAAGGAGGUGAAGGGGGAAGAGGUGACUGAGAUCUCUCGCGCCGCAGUCUAAGGGGUGAGGGUGAGGUGGUCUCUGCUCUCAGAGAGCCCCACUUAAGUGAGGGAGUUAGUCCCCACUCUUGGAGGAGUGCCCAGCUUAAGGAACCAAGACUGAACACAUAACACACAGCAAGCAACAGGCCGAAGAACAAGGUGCAGUCAAUCGUUGCAGAGAGGCAUCAGGGGUCUAGUGUAGAGGGCACCUAAUGAGAACCCAGGAAAUGGGAGACACGGCUGCUAGGGGCAGGCAGAGGAGGGCUCAAUAAUUAGCAGGAGGCUUAAAACUGGGAUGCCUUUCAAUCCCUCCCGUCUCUGGCCCCCUAGCCCUGCAGGGCAGUUGUCAAGAGGGUCAGAGUUUUAUUCAGAGUUGGCACUUGCAGCUGGAGACCCCACCCUGCGUGGAGUAGGGGUCCUCUCCUGUCUACUUGGUGGACAAGGUCACCAAACUCCUUGGCUUUCAGUUCUUUCCUGUCUGCAGCAGGCCUCCGGGUACCUCUCUCCCCAGGACCCCUUCCCAUCACAGUGUGGGAAAGGGGCAGACACAGCUCACAGCCCAAGAGGUGGGCAGGCCUAGUCCAGCCUCGACCUUGGAGCUGGCUUUGGCCUGGGGCUCGAGAGGCUCAC